AGUGGAUUUAGCUCAGUUUCGUCUUCUCUUUGCAUUCACCCUAUUUACUCGAGGUACACCCCUGUCCCACCUGCUGCCUGCACUCCUUCCGCACUUCUCUGCCUCUCUCGUGAAAGUGGAGCCGGCUUCUUUGUCUACUGCCACAGCUCGACCUCAUUUUUCCACCUGUUCUUUUUUUUUUGUGUGUUCUUCAGUUCCGUCGUGCGGCCCAACCAUGUCCGACAACAUCGUGAAUUUCAUCUCGCCGGGGAGUCCAUAUGCGCUGAAUAGCCCGCUCUCUGCCUCGCAGCAGGUUCGUGACUUCAAGCACGUGCUGGAUCAGAACGUGGUGCAGCCGAUCUCGUCGAACAGCGCGAGGUCUAGCAUCGGGCCCCACCUCGGCUCCCGCAUGCACGUCUACAACUACUCGAUCAGCCAAAACGAUCAGUUCUGGGCGGAGAUCGCGCGGCGCGACUUUUACUGGAAGAAGUUCUGGGCCGACGACCAGCAUGUGAAGACGUACAACUUUGACAAGUCGAAGGGCCCCAUCUUUGCGAAGUGGUUCGAGGGCGGUGUGACGAACGUGUGCUACAAUGCGCUGGACCGUCACUUACCGGAGCACAAGGACCGCGUCUGCUUCUACUUUGAGGGCAACGACCCGAACGUCACGGCAACCAUCACGUACGGGCAGAUGUACACGCAGGUCGUGGAGAUGGCGAAUGUGCUCAAGUCGCAGUACGGCGUCCGCAAAGGCGAUUGCGUGGCGAUUUACCUCCCGAUGAUCCCCGCGGCGGCGGUGGCCAUGUUGGCGUGCGCCCGCAUCGGCGCGAUCGUCAGCGUCAUCUUUGGCGGCUUCUCCGCGCAGUCGAUCGUGACGCGUGUGACGGACUGCCGCCCGAAGCUGUUCAUCACGGCGGAUGCGUCCUUGCGUGGCGAGAAGCCGAUCCUGCUCAAGUCGAUUGCCGACCAGGCGCUGACGGAGUGCAAAGAGACCGCCAACUUCAACGUGCCCUGCCUCGUCGUGGAGAACUGCAAGCGCCAGCACUGCACCAUGACGGAGGGCCGCGACACGUGGCUGACUGACGCCGUCGCCAAGCUCUCUGCCGCAGAGCACGAGGACUGCCCGGUGGAGUGGAUGGAGGCGGAGGACACCCUCUUCCUGCUCUACACCUCCGGCAGCACCGGGAAGCCCAAGGCCAUCGUGCACACCACCGCCGGCUACAUGGUGUACGCCUCCACCACCUUCAAGUAUAGCUUCGACUACCACGCGGAUGACGUCUACUUCUGCACGGCGGAUGUGGGCUGGAUCACGGGCCACAGCUACGUCGUGUACGGCCCACUGAUCCACUGCGCGACGUCGGUGCUGUUCGAAGGUUUGCCGAACUACCCAACCCACUCCCGCUGGUGGCAGCUGAUAGAGAAGUACAAGGUGAGUAUCUUCUACACAGCCCCGACGGCCAUCCGCUCCCUCAUGCAGGCAGGCGACGAAUUCGUGACGAAGUACGACCGCAGCUCCCUGCGCAUCCUCGGCUCUGUCGGCGAGCCAAUCAACGUGGAGGCGUGGAAGUGGUUCCGCGACCUUGUGGGCGAGGGCCACUGCGAUGUGUCAGACACGUGGUGGCAGACGGAGACGGGCGGCCACAUGAUUACACCGCUGCCUGGCUGCACGCCGAUGAAGCCCGGCUGCGCGACGCUGCCGUUCUUUGGUAUCCAACCGGUGCUGCUGGACCCGCUGAAGCUGACGGAGAACGAAGGCAUGGCGGAGGGUCUCUUGGUGAUCAAGAGCCCGUGGCCCGGCAUGGCCCGCACUAUCUACAACGACCACGCGCGGUUUGAGCAGACGUACUUCAGCGUGCCCGGCUACUACCUGACGGGCGACGGCGCCCGCCGCGACUCGGACGGCUACAUUUGGAUCACGGGGCGCGUGGAUGACGUGCUGAACGUCAGCGGCCACCGCAUCGGCACGAGCGAGGUCGAGGACGCCGUGAACUCGCACCCGGCGGUGGUGGAGAGCGCGGUGGUCGGAGUGCCGCACCCCAUCAAAGGCGAGAGCAUUUACGUCUUCCUCACCUUCCACGAGGGCACCGUCAUCACACCGCAGCUGUUGGCCACUGUGAAGGCAACGGUGCGCAAGGUGAUUGGGCCGCUCGCCACGCCAGACGUGCUGCAUCCGGCGCAGGAAGGACUGCCCAAGACGCGCUCCGGGAAGAUCGUACGGCGUAUUCUCCGCAAGAUCGCCGUGCACCGCGACGACGACCUCGGCGACACCUCCACGUUGGCCAACCCAGAUGUCGUGCCGGCGCUGAAGCGUGCGCGGACGGAGUGGGUGGAAAAGGCAAAGUAA